AUGCCCCUCCCUUUGUUGCCGCUCUUCAUAGCGGCGCAGCAACAUGCGCAAACUGAUCCUGAGAAGAUCGCGAUCAUUGAUGCAACUAAGCAACAGUCAUUUACAUUCACACAAAUUCUUCAAGAUGCUGCUACACUGAGAAAACAUAUUAUUGAGGCAUUGGGGUCAACGGCCUCGGGAGACUUGAACGAACAACGUGUGGCUUUCCUUUGCCCGCAGGGUUACGACUACGUGGCUACGAGUUGGGCGAUAUGGGCUGCCGGCGGAGUCUGUGUGCCUCUUUGCACAUCUCACCCUGUCAAGGAGCUACUCUAUACUAUCGGAGACUCGGAUCCAUCCCUUGUUAUUAUUCACCCGGAGUUUGAUAAAGUUGCGCCAGCACUUCGCGAACAAUGCGCAGCCGGAAUUCCCUUCUUGGGUCUUGAUCCAUUUACAAGGAACAAUACACCAUCACUGCCUACUUUCGCUUCGCCCUUUCCGCUUGACCGGAGAGCUCUGAUCAUCUAUACAAGUGGUACCACGUCGAACCCCAAAGGUUGCGUCUCCACACAUGAGACCAUUACGUUCCAAGCAAGUUGCCUCGUUAAGGCUUGGAGGUAUAACUCUUCUGAUCACCUCAUUCAUGUGCUGCCACUACACCACAUCCACGGCAUUAUCAAUGGUCUCACUGCUUGCCUGCUGAGUGGUGCUGCUGUGGAAAUGCAUCCCAAAUUCGAUCCAAAAGUCAUCUGGGAGCGUUGGCAGGAUCGAGGCUCCUCAACUAUGUUCAUGGCAGUACCCACUAUUUAUUCUCGUCUCAAUGACUUCUUUGAUGCUCAUAUCAGUGGCACAGACCAAGAAGAGGCGGCAAGAGCGGGAGCAGAGGCUCUGCGUCUGGUAGUAAGUGGGUCUGCUGCAUUGCCCACUCCCAUAAAGGCCAGAUUUGCCGAGAUUACCGGUCAGGUUCUGCUUGAGCGGUACGGUAUGACCGAGAUUGGCAUGGCGCUCAGUUGUGGCCUGGAUGUUGAGAAACGGAUCGAUGGCAGCGUUGGCUGGCCAUUACCUGGGGUCGAUGUGCGUUUAACCGAAAAGGAAACCGGUCGAGUCAUUGAGGAGGCCGAUUCAGAUGGCAUGAUCGAAAUCAAGGGUCUCAACGUGUUUCGGGAGUACUGGCGGAAGCCUGAAGCCACAAAAUCAGAGUUCACUGAGGACGGAUGGUUCAAGACUGGCGACUGUGCCAUCCGAGACUCAACUGGCGCUUACUUCAUUCAAGGUCGUGCGUCUGUUGAUAUUAUCAAAUCAGGAGGCUACAAAAUUUCUGCGCUCGAAGUUGAGCGCAAAAUGCUGGCAGUAGAUCAUAUACAAGAGGUGGCUGUUGUUGGACUCAAGGAUGCAGAAUGGGGAGAGAGAGUUGCUGCAGUGGUUCGAUUUCGUGAGGGACUGCAAAUGGAACUUCCAGAAUUACGUGCCGUGCUCAAAAAUGAGAUGGCAUCAUACAAGGUGCCAAGUGUUUUGAAACCCGUGGAAACUAUAGAGCGCAAUGCCAUGGGAAAAGUCAACAAGAAGAUUCUGGUCCAGAAAUACUGGCCAUACAACAGCUGA